GGGGCGGGGCCUCGUUAAGCCCCGCCCCGCCCUGCCUGAUCACGACAGCCUCUCGUAGAAAUGAUUCUGACUCCGGAUGACUUUUCUUUCUCUCUGCAGAGCGGAAGGACCGGAGCCGUUCCCUGACGCAGGUCUGUCCACACUGUUCGUGGAGGGGGAGACACGGCAACCGUAGCACUUACCUGUCCGCGUGGCAUGUGACAAGUGAGCGCGCGGCUUUGUCAGCGAAGGACUCGGAAAGCAGGUCGUUGAGAAGCGGCUGGACCUGUAGAGGGGACACAGAGUCUCCGGAGGGUCUCGGACUCGGAGAUGGAGAGACUGUGCGGACCUGAGCGUCCCUUUUGGGUAGCCAAUCAGACGCUCCACACAGAUCGGCCCGACCUUCCAGAGUGUUUCCAGCUUUCUGUCCUGUCAUGGCUGCCGUGCAUCUACCUGUGGGCUGUCAGUCCCAUCUACAUCUUCUAUCUGAAGAGGAACAACAGAGGCUACAUCAUGAUGUCCAUAAUGAACAGAUUCAAAACAGUGUUUGGUUUGUUGUUGUGGAUUGUGUGCUGGACAGAUCUCUUCUACACAUUCCACGAGCUGCGGCAGGGGCACAGCCAGCCGCCAAUUUACUUCAUCACCCCGCUGGUUCUUGGCAUGACCAUGCUGUUGGCCACGUUUCUGAUCCAGUUUGAGAGGUUACGCGGGGUUCAGUCCUCAGGGGUCCUCUUCAUCUUCUGGUUCCUGUCUGUGCUGUGUGCCAUCGUGCCUUUCCGCUCCAAGAUCCUGCAGGCCUCCAGCCUGAACGAAGUGACCGACAAGCUGCGGUUCACCACGUUUUAUUUCUACUUCGCCCUGGUGGUCUGCGAGCUGAUCCUCUGCUGCUUCAAUGAGAAACCCCCUCUCUUCUCCAAUGUUGUCACAGAUCCCAAUCCCUGCCCUGAAACCACUGCAGGUUUUCUCUCCACUGUAACGUUUUGGUGGUUCACGAGUCUGGCCAUGAAAGGAUACAAAAUGCCUCUGGAAGCCAAAGACCUGUGGUCGCUGAAUAAACGCGACAGCUCCAAGGUGAUGGUGCCCAGACUUCUCAAGGAGUGGGACAAGGAGCAGACCAAAGCCAAGAGUGAUCCGACUCUUUCCAGCCACGCUCUGUACUCCAAACCUCCGCCGUCGACCACCAACCACGUGGUAGGAGGUGAGAGCAGCCCGGAGGAAGUAGAAGUGCUGCUGUCUAAUCAGAAAGCUGCCCCUCAUCAGCCGUCCUUCCUGCGAUCGAUCAUCAAAGCCUUCGGACCGUACUUUCUGAUUGGUUCGGCCUUCAAGUUCCUGCAGGAUGUCAUCACCUUUGUGAACCCUCAGCUGCUCAGGAUGCUGAUCUCAUUCACCAAACAGAAGGGUGUUCCUGAUUGGUGGGGCUACUCCCUGGCCUUUCUCAUGUUUUUCACAGCCGUCCUGCAGACGCUCAUCCUCCAUCGUCACUUUCAGUACUGUUUUGUCACCGGCAUGAAUGUACGCACAGCCAUCAUAGGUGCCAUCUACAGGAAGGCACUGGUGAUAACAAACGCAGCCAAGCGUUCGUCCACAGUGGGCGAGGUGGUGAACCUGAUGUCUGUGGACGCACAGAGAUUCAUGGACCUCACCACCUUCCUCAACAUGCUGUGGUCUGCUCCUCUUCAGAUCAUGCUGGCUUUGUAUUUCCUCUGGCAGAACCUGGGUCCGUCUGUGCUGGCCGGUGUAGCCGUCAUGAUAAUGCUGAUCCCUUUCAAUGCUGUCAUCGCCAUGAAGACGAGAGCGUACCAGGUGGAGCAGAUGCAGUACAAAGACGCUCGCAUCAAGCUGAUGAAUGAGAUCCUGAACGGCAUCAAAGUCCUGAAGCUGUACGCCUGGGAGAACUCUUUCAAAGAAAAGGUCCUGGCAAUCCGACAGAAGGAGCUCAACGUUCUGCGCAAGACGGCCUACCUGGGAGCGCUCUCCACCAUGGCCUGGACCAGUGCUCCUUUCCUGGUUGCCAUGACCACGUUCGCUGUGUACGUGACUGUUGAUGAGAACAACAUCCUGGAUGCUGAGAAGGCCUUUGUGUCGCUCUCACUUUUUAACAUCCUCAGGUUCCCUCUCAACAUGCUCCCCCAGGUCAUCAGCAGUCUGGUUCAGGCCAGCGUCUCUUUGAAGAGAAUCCAAAAUUUCCUGAGUCAUGAUGAGCUGGACCCAAAUUCAGUGGACAGAAAGAACACAGCCACAGACUUCUCAGUGACAGUCAUUAAUGGGAAAUUCACCUGGGCCAAAGAGGAUCCUCCAGUUCUGCACAAUAUUAAUGUCAUGGUGCCUCAGGGCUCCCUGCUCGCUGUGGUCGGUCAUGUUGGCUGUGGGAAGUCCUCCCUGAUCUCCGCUCUGCUUGGUGAAAUGGAGAAACUAGAGGGAGAGGUUUCUAUUCGGGGAUCAGUGGCAUACGUACCACAGCAGGCCUGGAUCCAGAACGCCACCCUGCGGGACAACAUCCUGUUUGGAAGGCCCUUCAAUGAGCAGAAGUACUGCUGUGUCAUGAACGCCUGUGCCUUAACUCCUGACCUGGAAGUGCUGCCUGGAGGAGACAUGACAGAGAUAGGAGAAAAGGGCAUCAACCUCUCUGGUGGGCAGCGACAGAGGGUGAGCCUGGCCCGAGCUCUGUACAGCGAUGCUGAUGUUUACCUUCUGGACGACCCGCUGUCUGCUGUGGAUGCUCAUGUGGCCAAACACAUAUUUGACAACCUCAUUGGGCCGGAAGGUGUGCUAAAGGGCAAGACACGUAUUCUGGUGACACAUGGCAUCAGCUUCCUGCCUCAGGUGGACAACAUAAUGGUGAUGGUGGAUGGCAGGGUGUCAGAGAUGGGCUCCCACCAGGAGCUGCUCAAGCAGAACGGAGCCUUUGCAGAGUUUCUCAGGAACUACGCCCUGGAGGAUGUCAUAGAAGACGAGGCCACCGAGGAUAUAUUAGAAGAAGAGGAGAUGUUUCCUGAGGACGCCCUCAGCAACCACACAGACAUGGUGGACAAUGAGCCAGUGAUAAACGAAGCCAAGAGGAAGUUCAUCAGGCAGAUCAGCGUGGUCUCAGCAGACGGAGAGAACCCCAGAUGCCGCUCAGUGAGAAGGCAACCCUGCAACCAGAGGAAACAGUGCGAGCUGCAAGAGAAGAAGAAAAAUGAAGGGGAGAAGCUCAUCCAGGCCGAGACCUCAGAAACAGGCAGGGUGAAAUCAAAGGUGUACCUGGAGUACGCUAAGGCUGUGGGACCUCUGCUGUCAGUGUUCAUCUGCUUCUUGUACUGCUGUCAGAGCGCCGCAGCCAUCGGAGCCAACGUGUGGCUCAGCGAGUGGACCAAUGACGCCUCGAGAAAUAAAACUCAGGAAAAUGUUCAUAUGAGGGUGGGGGUGUACGCGGCGUUGGGCAUUGCACAAGGUGCGCUGUUGUUGGUAAACUGCCUGUUGUGCCGGGGCUACAGUAUGCUGCGGGCAGCCAAGCUCAUGCACCGCAACAUGCUCCAGGGGGUCCUGCGAGCUCCGCAGACCUUCUUCGAGAGCACCCCCACUGGGCGGUUACUAAACCGCUUCAGCAAAGACGUGGAUGCUAUAGACUCCCACAUCCCAGACAAUAUUGACAUAUGGAUGCGCACUUUCUGGUACACACUGAAUGUGCUGCUCAUAUGCUCUGCCCUCACCCCAAUGUUCCUCUUAGUCAUAGCCCCAUUAAUGGUGUUCUAUUGGUGGGUUCAGAGAUUUUAUGUUGCCACGUCUCGGCAGCUAAAGCGUCUGGAGUCAGUCAGCCGCUCUCCCAUAUACUCCCAUUUCUCUGAGACCAUCACUGGCUCUAGUGUAAUCCGAGCCUAUGGCAGACACUCUGCCUUUGUUCUGAUGAGUGAUAUAAAAGUGGAUGAGAACCAAAAGAGUUACUACCCUGGUAUAGUGUCCAACAGGUGGCUCGGUGUGCGGAUCGAGUUCAUCGGGAACUGCAUCGUGUUGUUUGCUGCUUUGUUUGCUGUGACGGGAAAGGAGCGACUGAACCCCGGUCUUGUGGGUCUGUCAGUGUCCUACGCUCUACAGGUCACCAUGUCCCUGAACUGGAUGGUACGGAUGUGUUCAGACCUGGAGAACAACAUCGUAGCAGUGGAGAGAGUGAAGGAGUACUCUGAAACCAAGACAGAGGCCCCGUGGGAGGUGGAGGACAAGAAGCCCCCGCCCGAAUGGCCCAUGAGGGGGAAUGUGGAGUUCUCUGACUACAGCGUUCGAUACAGAGAGGGACUGGACCUGGUCCUAAAGAAGCUCUCGUUGAAUGUCACAGGAGGGGAGAAGAUCGGUAUCGUGGGUCGCACAGGAGCCGGCAAGUCCUCCAUGACGCUCUGCCUCUUCCGAAUACUUGAAGCUGCUGGUGGAGAGAUCACCAUCGACGAGGUGAAGAUAUCUGAGAUCGGCCUGCAUGACCUGAGGUCCAAACUCACCAUCAUUCCACAGGAGCCGGUCCUGUUCUCGGGAACACUGAGGAUGAACCUGGACCCCUUUGAGAAGUACAGUGAUGAAGAGGUGUGGAAAGCUCUGGAUCAUUCUCACCUUCACAAGUUUGUGAGCAACCAGCAGGCCAAGCUAGAGCUGGAGUGUUCGGAGGGGGGUGAGAACCUCAGCGUGGGCCAGAGGCAGCUGGUGUGUUUGGCUCGAGCUCUCUUGAGGAAGACGAGGAUCCUCAUCCUGGAUGAAGCUACAGCUGCUAUUGACCUGGAGACAGAUGACCUCAUUCAGUCCACUAUCCGGACCCAGUUUGAGGACAGCACUGUCUUCACCAUCGCUCACAGGCUCAACACAAUCAUGGAUUAUACAAGAGUGCUGGUGUUGGACAAAGGACAGAUAGCAGAGUUUGAUACUCCAGCAAACCUCAUAUCCCAGAGAGGAAUCUUCUACAGCAUGGCUAAAGACGCUGGACUGAUACAGUAGAACCGCCUUCUGUUCACAUGUUACAAACCAGCCUUGAGGAUUAGCUCGGUUCAGUCUGCGUGUCAGAGCUGGCAGUGGAACUGAGGUUUUUCAGGGCGCUUACUGCUGGUUCUGAAACAGCCUGGACUCCUUUGCAGACUUGGAUCAACUAGUCUGAACCCACAACAGCACAUCUCCUGCACUUAUCCUCUGUGAUUGUCUGAAGUUUCUAGCACUGACCGUUUUGUCUCGUGUGGCAAACAACAACCUUUUUACAUCCGUAUAAAAACACAAAAACAAGCCAUAAGUGCGAGAACUAGUUGAUCCAACUCUGCGUUUUAGUGCCUUCUGCCAGUGGGAUGAAGAAAGCCAGUGAAUGUAUCAUUUUGUAAUCAGCUGUCUGCUGGAAAAAAACAACAUUAAGAAAAGGAGGAACUUUUUUAUUUUAUUUUUUCUACAAAGAAAAAUACUGUGCCACUGUACUUUCCUCAUCAGAAAAAAAAACAUCCUUUGUGAUAAACCCACUUAUUUUUGUACUGUACCAUUAUUUAAGCUACUUUUUAAAGAACUGUUUCUUUUAGGGAAGUUUGCUCAGUUAAAUAUGUGAUUAUUUUGUGAACCAAAUCUAUAAAAACUUGAAUUCUGUACCACCAAAAUAUGAUAUAUGAUGCCUUUAUUAAAAAAAGGAAGACCAA